CGCCAACCAGACGCCAACCUGGAAUGAGACCUUAACAAGCACACCUUACUUCGACAUCUUCGCCUUAAGCAACCGACCCGUUAUCCAACGACUUCAUCUCCCGACAAUUCAGCUCGCCUGUCGUUUCACGAACACUUCGUCUUCUCCAACACGACCUUUUUCGAUUAACACCUACUCCGUUUUCGCGUAACAACAGUCAAGAUGGUCAGCGAACUUUGCCCCGUUUACUCGCCCUUCUUCGGUGCCAUGGGCUGCACCUGCGCCAUUGUCUUCACCUGUCUCGGUGCCUCUUACGGUACCGCCAAGUCUGGUGUUGGUAUCGCCGCUAUGGGUGUCCUCCGCCCUGACUUGAUCGUCAAGAACAUUGUUCCCGUCAUUAUGGCUGGUAUCAUUGGUAUCUACGGUCUCGUCGUCUCAGUCCUUAUCUCCGAUGGUCUCAAGCAGGACUUGCCCCUGUUCACUAGCUUCAUCCAAUUCGGUGCUGGUCUUUCCGUUGGUCUCGCAGGUCUCGCUGCCGGUUUCGCCAUUGGUAUUGUCGGUGAUGCUGGUGUCCGAGGAACUGCCCAACAGCCCCGUCUCUUCGUCGGAAUGAUUCUGAUUCUCAUUUUCGCCGAAGUCCUCGGUCUCUAUGGUCUUAUUGUUGCUCUGCUCAUGAACUCCAAGGCCACCGUCGACGCUGUCUGCUAAACGGCCAACACGACACGGCCUGCUCGGAACCCAGCUUGACAAGAACCUACUCAAACACACGAGCGGUUCUGAGCCAUGGCACAAAUCAAUAAGAUCAUAUAUGGCGUUACGAAUUUCCCUGCUUCUUCAUCCAGACAUGGAUUCAAAGCAGGGAAUUGGAGACGUGGGCGCAUGGUCAGGUUCGACCUUGCAUCUGCCCUGUUUGUGCACGGAAAUGGGAUAAUGGAUUCGAGCUCUUGUUAUGUUUUUACUAGUCGGAAGAGGGGGGUGCUGUCAUGCAAUGAGAGAAUGGUUUCUGUAAAAUACUGUCAAUGCGCGUGUUUUUGUCUGGGUGGCUUCUCACAUAGACGGUGAAGGGAACUCGAUUAACCAGUGUAAGCUAUUGCUAAUUGUUCCUCGCACUGCAUCUAGUUUUGUUUAUACAAGCUGUGAAAAGUCAACACAACAUCCCAUGUGCAACGUGAGCGCUAGGAGGGCCGUCAAUGGGUAGUACUUUUUAUUCAGGCAGUUGUCACGACGGCAACACUGUCACAAGCUACGAUUGCCUUGCCAUAUAAAAUUGUGCAUUAUUGAAACAAGGUUUUGUUUAAACCAGCAACUGCCUAAUAGUAGCAAAUAUAUGCAAGCAAGUAUAAUAAUUACAAAGUCUAAGAACCCCCAAAGGAAGUCUAAUCGUUUCAAAAGUUAUUGGAGACCCAUUUUCCAACCUUCCUAAAAACCUCCUCAUAUUACAUCUCUUCGUCUCUUCAUGCGCAAAUUACUCCUUUGUUUAUCAUGUGGCGUUUGGUGCAUAAUUUCAUUGCACACUUGCCUCCUCGACAGAACACCCUCAAUGGUAACUAUAAUCAUUGAGCGACAAGAUCUGUCCUCCAGGAAUAUCUUCAACAUCCCUAACAAGGUUGUUUCCAAUGGAAAUCAUUUAGAUUACG